GAGAGAGUCCAUCUUGGUUAAAGGGAAAGCAAGUUGUUUAACCAACGCUGGCAAGUUGGACCCUUUUGUCUGACACACAAUAUUUCCAGGUAACUGCACAGUGAUCCAGGACUGAGGGCAGCCGGCAGCCUUGCUUCCAAAGGGGAAGGAUCAGUUUGAUAAAGCAUUUCUGGAGGUGCCUUACGAGAUGGAACUGCACAUCUGACCGUGCACAGGAGAGCAGCUCGGCAGAAAUGGAAACCGUGGUGAUAGUUGCCAUCGGCGUGCUGGCUACUAUCUUUCUGGCGUCCUUCGUGGCGCUUGUGGUGGUUUGCAGGCAGCGCUACUGCCGGCCCAAGGAUCUCCUGAAUCAGUAUGAUACCAAACCGAUCGUCGACCUUAUUGGGGCGAUGGAGACGCAGUCGGAGCCUUCGGAGCUUGAGCUGGAUGACGUCGUGAUAACAAACCCCCACAUCGAGGCCAUUCUGGAGAAUGAGGACUGGAUCGAAGAUGCUUCGGGCCUGGUCUCUCACUGCAUCGCUAUUCUCAAGAUUUGUCAUACUUUGACAGAGAAGCUCGUUGCAAUGACAAUGGGCUCUGGGGCCAGAAUGAAAUCUCCCGCGAGCCUGAGUGACAUUAUUGUGGUUGCGAAGCGGAUCAGCCCCAGGGUGGAUGAUGUUGUGAGGUCGAUGUACCCGCCUCUGGAUCCCAAGCUUCUGGAUGCACGGACAACAGCCCUGCUGCUGUCUGUCAGCCACCUCGUCCUGGUGACCAGGAGCGCCUGCCACCUAACCAGUGGCAUGGACUGGAUUGACCAAUCGCUGUCUGCUGCGGAGGAGCACAUGACGGUGCUGCGCGAAGCUGCUCUGGCCACCGAGCCCGAGAGAAGCAUCGCGGGGGGCGCGGAAAGCUUCCUGCAGGAGCAGUCUGCCAUCUGACGGAGGCGGCACGGCCUGUCCUGCUGAGGGCUGAUGCUCCACGUUCUCAGGGAGCCCAGGCCGCUGCUCGGUGCGCUGAGGUGGUCAAAUAUUUGCAUGAGCCCUGCAGAGCUAUUAGUAUAUUGACACUGACCUGUUACCAGAGGGUAGCUAAGGCAAUGCGCUUCUGCCGGUCCCCUGCUGCUUUGUAGUUUGGUUGAAGUGCCCUGCGCAUGGAACAGUGGGGCUCUGAUCAAUAAAAUCCCAUGAGAAAUCA